AUGUCCAUGGACCACUCAGAUCAGGCCUGGGCCAUUGAUGGGGCAAAGAAGCUUGUUUUGGAGCUUUAUGACCCAGCAAACACGGGCAACCCCGCCAAGAUCAAUGAGAUUCAGGAGCUUCUUCAGAACCUGCAAAAAGGGCCCCAUGCCUGGGUCAUCGCGAACUGUCUUCUUACCGAACAGAGCCCAGACCUCAGGUUCUUCGGUGCGCUAACCUUUACUGUAAAAAUUAACCAUGAUUGGCAUAACCUAGCCGACCAUGAUGCUUACGAGCUUAUUGGGCGGCUGAUAGAUCACUAUGUAUUCCUGGUCAAUGAAGGGGAGCGUGUUGUCAUACGGAAACUCGCCUCGACUCUUGCAACCAUUUUUCUCAAGGCAGAUGCUCCUUGGAGCCGUGCUGUCUUGAGAUUAGCUGUUUCUUUGGCCAACGGUAAAAGUGUACCCGAGGACCAAUGCGCAUCAAUCAGUCUGCAAGAUGUACUUCCAGCACUGUCUGAGAUUCAGGUGAUCUCGCUACUCUAUUUCUCAAAAAUCUUAGCAGAAGAGAUAGGUCGCUCGGGGGGAGAAUCACGGAAGCCGGAAGAUACUCGCCGCAUCUCUGAGAAUCUUGGGGAUGCUUUCUUGCUUGUGGAUUUUGUCCUCUCUCAGAUAUUGAAGCAUGAUGUCUCCGGUGGGUCUGUCGCUAACGAAGUUCCUGGGACAGAGGCAAUCAACUCUUACCAUUCUUGGAUAUUCGUUCGGAGUUCGCUUCAACUGCAUGAUGCUAUUUCUGUCCCACAGUUGGCGUCUGCCACGAAUUGCGUUAUAGGGAGCCUGAACAUCCCGUAUUUAUCAAAGACAGCCGGUCAUAUUCUGACUGAGAUUAUGGGUCGCCGUGAGAGUGUGCUGUCACCGAGUCAUAUUGAGGCUAUACUAGACUACGUCAUUAGUGUUGCCGGUACCGCACAUAUUGCAUCUCUUAUGGAAGGCGACUUCGAAGAUGAGAAUAUGACCUUCAUCGAACUGCUGCUGUCGUUGGCCACCCGAAAACAGGCGCAAAUAUUCACCCAAUAUCUAGACGAGAAGCACGAAAAGGUGCUAGCUCUAAUCCAUACCUUGUUCAAAUCACCUGGUUAUGCCGCAGUGGAAGACACUGCGUCCCCCUUGGCCCUGGAGUGGUGGACUGAAGCCGCCGACGACCUUCAAGACAGCUUUUUAGACCCCGGAGAACAGAAAGGCCCGGAAACAGCCAAGUUGAAUCUUGCUCGUGCUGCUCUGGACUGCUUCGAGAAGCUAAAGUACCCGACGCCGGAAGAGCUGUGUGGCUGGAGCGACGAUGACCGCGCUGAAUUUGGGUCGUUCCGGAGAGACGUCUGCGAUUUUCUGCUUGCAAUAUAUCCUAUUUUAGGGGUGGAUCUGGUGCAAGUAUUUCAAGCGCAUGCAAGGACUUCUCUUGCAAAUCAAGAUUGGAGAACGUUCGAGGCAGCCAUUUUCUGUGUCGCCCAGCUUUCCGAGGCUGUUGAUGAAAACCAACACGCUGAUGACUGUUUGAACGCAAUAUUUUUCUGUGACGAGUUCACCCGCCUAUGCGAAGAUGAUGGGAUCAUGAUCCCCGGUAAAGCUCGCCAGACCCUGGUGGAUAUGCUCGGGAAAUACAGGUCAUAUUUCGAACGCACCCAGGCUUUGCUUCCUCGGGUGCUUACAUUUCUGUUCUCUUCUUUGAAUCUGGCAUCAUGUGCCCCAGCAGCCUCAAAGUCAAUAGCGCACCUCUGCAACUCAUGCCGCAAUGCUCUCAAGGUGGAACUGCCGGCGUUUAUUGGCCAGUUCGAGCUAUUCCGGAGCAAGCCUACUGCUACUACGCAAACUAUGGAGAGAGUAUUGGAGGGUAUCGCAGCCAUAAUUCAAACUCUGCCUACGGAUGAAGAAAAGUCUCAGUUCCUAGAAGGAAUCCUGAAAUUUUUCCUUGAACAAGCCGAGAUAGCUAGGACUGAAGCAGCACAAGGAUCUAUAGAACCCGCGCGCAUGCGCGGCCACAUGGUUCUUCGUUGUCUUGCGAGCAUAGGAAAAGGUUUAAGAACAGAUGAAGUGGUGGAUCUCAACCAGAACAAAGACGAAGGUCCGUAUCCGCCCACAUUCUGGAACUCGGGAAACGGCGCUGUAUCACAAAACCUGAUAAUGCAAUGUAUGCGCCUUCUCAUGACGGACUUCCCCUUCGAUGCAGCUAUUAUCGAAGCUGCGUGUGAUGUUUUGAAGGCUGGCUAUACUGAAAGCACGGGCCCUUUUGUCUUCCCUCCCUCGUUGACCGUUGACUUCGUUAAAAGCAUACCGCUGGGAACCCCCGGGGCUGAUUUGGUGAUGGGUACAGCUUCUGCUUUUCUAGCUUCCCACAGCGCACACCCAGAGAAGGUAGGUGAGGAGGCUGUCGCACUAAUUCUUCAUGUGUACGGCACUUUCUGUUGGGUGCAAGAGAAGCCGGAGCUUUAUGACCCCGAACUCGCGAACAGCGGCCUUGACUUUCUCACUCGACUGCUCCCUAAAUACUAUCCUUACCUGUUCAGCCUUACAUAUACACCCCAGGGAGCUGGGCAACGACCGCCGGUCAUUCAAGCAAUCUCAAACUUCACUCUCCUUUCGCUGCAAGGGCCAGAGCCUAUCCCUCUGCGCUCAGCAUCCCAGUUCUGGGUGAGCGUUUUCAAUCUCCCUAACGAGGCCGAGGCCGUGCAGCACACAAUUCAUAAUUGUUUGCCUGCACUUUGUCGUGUAUUGGUUACGCAACUGGCGGGUCGGUGCGCCCGAUCGGAUAUCGAGCAUCUCACGGAUGUGCUCAGACGGAUUGUUUUCAAGCAGCAGGGGCAUGCGCGCCCGCAUCUCACUGCCGCACUGGCGGACUUAGAAACUGAACAUCUUGGCCAUCCCCACGCCCGGAUCCCUUCCCCAGAAGAGAGGCAGCGCUUCCUAGCGUCUUUGUUUGCCGCACGAGGUUCCAGACAGCAAACUCUCCAGAUAGAUAUCAAUAACUCGACGAAGUCAACGACGAAUAUGAAGAUUCAUUUGGCCAUGACUGUAGCUUCGGAUUCUGUCCCUGCCAAGCUUUGCGAGGCCAAUAUGGCAAUUUGCUUACUAUACCGGUCUUGA